AUGGCCGAUAUCGAUGUCAAGGUUGCUCAAUGGAAGCUUGUUGAGGUUGGCCGUGUUCUGCUGAUCCGCAGCGGUCCUUACACCGGCAAGCUUGCUGCCAUUGUCGAGAUCAUCGACCACAAGCGUGUCCUGGUUGACGGUCCUUCCACCGAGGAGAACAAGAUCGUUCCCCGUCACGCCCUUCCUCUCGCUCACGCCACUCUCACCCCCUUCGUCAUUCCCAAACUCCCCCGCGCUGCCGGCACUGGCCCCGUCAAGAAGCUCUGGGAGAAGAACGAGAUCGAUGGAAAGUGGGCUAAGAGCACCAUUGCUCAGAAGACUGAGCGCGCUGAGCGGAGGAAGAACCUGACCGACUUCGAGCGCUUCAAGGUCCUCAGACUCAGAAAGCAGGCUCGCUACGAGGUCCAGAAGGCUCACGCCAAGGUCAGGGCUGCUGCUCCUAAGUCAUAG